CCGCCCGCCGGUGGACCGACCGCCUGGGGCCGGGGUCCCUCCUCCCGCACGGGUCGGCGCUGUCAGGCCCGUGCAGGCAGCGGCUGUGCCGCAGGCGGCGGCGCGCCGAGCUCCUCACGGCUGGGGCUGUGAGAGGCUUCUUGCCUCGGUGGACACCCUGGGGUGGGUGUCCAGGCGCGGGGGGGGGGGAAUGGUUCCUGCCCUGCGUGCUCCAGCCACCCGCUGACUUUGCUGGCUGUGGUCUCCUCUUGCUUCUCGUCCUCCCCUUGCUGCCUGCCCAGUGCAUGCUUCCUGGCUGGAAAGUCCUCCGUGUCUGUGGAAGCCACGGACCCUGGUGUUGCCCAGGGUCUGCCCAGCUCCCCUUCCUCUCGCUGCCCCGUUUUCUGCCGGUGGGACCCUGCUCGCCGUGCCUGGCAGGCAGAGCCGCCCUGCACACAGCUCCCCGCUGCUUCGCAGCUGGCACAGCAGCCCUGCAGCGGGGGUCUGCCCUGGCCGCCUGUUUUUUUGUGGGAUCUUUUUUGGUAUUUGAGGGUGUUGAGGCUUUUGGUGUGGGUUUUUCUUUUCGGACUGUGACACUAGAUGUGAAAGUUUAACGGUACUAAUGGGGGGCUGUGAUGGCUGCCCCCAGUCUGGCUGAGCAAGCAGUUCUUUGGUUCAGGCAUCACCAACAAGCAAGCCUGGCAGAUAACCACCCUGUGGGACAAACAGAACAGUGCGAGGCCACAUCUUCUCAGGCACCAAGGACCCUUGGGUACAUCUUAUCGGGAGAUAACAGCAUAAGCCUGCGCUGAGACUAGACAAAAAUAAAGCUUCCUCAGCUGCAGACAUUCUCAGUCACCAAGGCGGGGUUUCACUACAGUCCAUCACUUCACACUAUAAAUACCUGUAGCUUCCUUGAGCCCACUGAGUUCUCCUGCGUGGCAGCAGGCUGCACAGCAGUGAUCUCCUCUUCAGCAGAGACGCUUUCAAGGUUACUUCUCGAGGCUGAGAGAUCCUUUAGCCGGCAUCUGAUAUCUACAGCGAGACUUUGUCUGUAGGGAUUGAGGGACAUCUUGAAGGAGGGCUGGUGUUUCCCCCUGUGCAUGUGCUCUUUUUGGCUGUCCUGCUCAGAUGUCGCACCUAGAGGAACUGUCUGCCCUGCUAGAUGAGGACCUUCUUGACUUCAUACUGAAGGAUGGUGCUCCUUUACCUGAAAUCCCAGGGGAGGAGAACAAUCUGUUGGAUAUCUCUGGCCUGCUAGACCCUGGGCUCCUGGACAAGGACACUGAGGAUAUGAUCAACUCCAUGCUAAGACACUUAAAAGAUGAACCAAGCACACUGCAGGAUUGUUUGCCUAUUGACAGUGACAGCAGCCCUUCUGAGGAUCAGCAUCUGUCCCAAAGCUCUAGCAGCAACUUUGCUAGCAGCCACAACGUGCAGGUUGAUCACAGCUAUUCCUGCCAUCUGGAUGAGCCUAUGCCAGAAUGCACGAGGUCUGACACGACAGAAGAUAGUUCCAGUGACCACAGGGCACGGAUGGGUUUGGAAAAUCCAAGCGGGACACUAGGACAGAGCUCCAGUUUCCCAACUGCUACUGCUGGGGAUGCCGAACACCACCAGCUUGUGCCUGGAGCCACUAUGCAGGUACUGACUGCCAUGCUUUUUGAGUUCCCAGAGCUGUUCCUGACAGAGGAGGAGAGACAGUUCCUGGAGAAUGGUCUUUCAUUACCACCCUGUCUGUCACUGGGCGAAGCUGAAGACCAGCUUCUGAAGGACACGUCUCAGAAUACCCAGAACAAGCAGCCAGCCCAGAGUAGUCAACACAGGAAGAAAAGCAACAUGAAUGGCUUGGAAAACAGGAUGGAAGCUCAAAACCAGGAGCUGGAGAAGAAGGUACAGCUGCUGCAGGAGCAGAACAAGUUACUGCUCGGGAAGUUGCAAAAACUUCAAGCCUUGGUGAGACAGUUUGCCAAGAGAACUACCACAGUGAAAACCAUGGUUGUAAUUCUGUCCCUCUAUCUGCUUUUCUCCCGCAACAUCUCUGUGUUGCAGGGCACUGAGCAACAGCUGGACCCAAGGGUGCUGCCACAGGAGAACCAUGAGUUCCCAAACCAGGUGGUGGCUGUUGUACAGGAGGACGCUGUGAUGGAGGAGUUGACCGCAGCACCUGAGGACCCCUCAAUGUCAGGAGUCCUCAGUCAGUUAUGGGAAGUGUUGCAGAGUCAAUCCAACAUUGAUCCCGCAUCUGUUUUGAAUAACAUCUCAUCCUGUGACCUUCCUGCAGCAGCGGGCUCCGAGCUGGGCACUCCCCAGCCUGAGGAGCAGUGUCCUGAGACUUACAUGUUGCAGGUGCCAAUGGAGUGGGCCGUCAAGGAGCAGGAGGGGGUGGAACAUGCUGUCCCAGCUGUCAGCGGGCAGCAGCAUGCUGAUAAGGUUAACGCCACCACCUCCUGCUUCUUGGGGUGAAGCUGAGCACCCUGUCAGUCAGGGACAAACAGAGCUGCAUUGACAUAAUAUAUUGAAGCAGAAUCUUCUGAAUACUCUCCCAAUUGCUGGCAGCUCAGAGGGUUUACUAGGGAGGAACUGUUUUAGAGUUGACCUGUCAGAUACUCUACUCUCUCUGUCUUUAGAAGGACUCUUAUCUAAGAAGGGGUAGGAGACUUUAGGAACUUUACUACACUGCAGACAUGGCUAGCAGCAUGCGGUGCGUCCUGUGGCUUUCUGGGAUAGAUUGUGGCAUAGAGGGUGAAGGUGGUUAGCCCAUAGUUGGUCUCACUGGGUGUAGUGGGUAAUGGAGGCUGCUGUCCUGCUUUUUUCCUGCUCAGGUGGAGGUGAACAGGCUAGGUCUUGCACCUGUUACUGUGUCUGGUGGCCACAAGCAUUGGUCCAUUGUCCCUUUCCCUUAAUCCUGCAGUCUUGCCUGAUUUCUAGGUGCGAGAUAACGAGCUAAUCUUCAGUGCCCUCACAGGGAGUG